AUAUUUUUCGCGGGCGGCACUUCAGUCUAGUCCAGCCAGCCCAAGCAGCUGGUUUGAUCUCGGCAAUUUGGUCCACCCCUGGCACAUACGGCGCUGCAGCCCCUAUUUUGUGCCCUCAAGGCUCAAAGGAGCCUCCCCCACCAAAUCCGUGACCAGAUAAAGCUUUAAAUCCACCGCGCCCCUGCAUAAUAAAAGCUGUGGUAUAAAGUUGAGACGCGGAGUGUACGAACGAUCUGCCAAUCGCCGCUUCAUCAAGACGAACUGUUCUUUUUCUUCUGUUCCAUAACCACUUCCCAAGUCAUCUUUCUCGUCAGCUGCUCACUCACCGUACCGCGUUUUCUGUUGUUUACGAAGACCCUGCAGUGUCGCGUAUCACUAGCAUUGGUUGAACAGCGUGUUUUCUCGCUCCUUUCAUACCUGCUAUCCCGGCCUUAAUCUUAGACAAUCUAGCCAGUCGCAAACAGGACACUUUGGAUAUCUUCACAUCAGCCGGACUUGAACUUGAAGUUGAAAACGACAACAAACAAGACCUGGUGUCCAGAAUUCGAGAGCAGAUGUGACUGACUUGGUCUGGCGCCAUCAACCUGCCUGUAAAGGAAAGAACAAUCAACCCUUAGUCCAUCCACGUCCCGCCUUAGGAAGGAAAAUGUCGGGCGUGCGGAACCUUAGAGCCAUGUUCGAGAAGGACUCGAGCCCGCCAGAUCGAGGACGUUCUCCUGGAGAAUCAACAACAGGGGGUGCUAGUACUGGAACAUCACCACGACCACUUUCGAAAGUACGAACCAAUUUUGUCACUGUAGUUGGAAUUGGCGGACAACAAGGGCUGGGCUUGAAGAGAGAUACAAGCGGUGAACCAAGCAUGCAGAAGCGCAGGACCAGUUUCAGUAUCGAUGCGGAGGACAAUCCAAUGGCAACUCUAGAGAGGAAGACAUCGAUUGCUACGGAGAAGGAGGCGAGGAAGAACAGUUCUACGAUUGAAGAGACGAUACCCGAGAAUGCACUACAAGAAUCUGACACAAAGCUGGCAAGCGGUAGUGAUCAGCGGGCGGAUAAUGUCAAGUCAAAGACUAAGGCGGAGGAGAAGAAGCCUACAACUGGGACCAAUGGACAUACGAAUGGAGGAAGCAAGCCAGUGGCUAAGCCUGUGGAGAAGAGCAAGCCGGUAGAGAAGAAGCCAUUGUCGAAACCACCACCUAUAUCUACUGCAAAAACACCUACUGCGCCAAAACUGUCUCCAAAGAAGACGAAAGAGCCACUUCCCAGAACACCAACCACGCCUGGUACGAGCCGCACGAAAGAGCUUCUUACAAAGACUCCAGAGACGAAGUCCGAGAAGAAGGUGGAGAAGAAGUCAAGCAGAGCAUCUUUGGCUCCAAGCCAUACGUCCAAGCCUGCAAGUAAGCCUCCUACGGUUGCAGCGCAAGGUGCUGCUGCAAAGACCAGAAUUCCUGCAUCUCCUCCGCAAACCGGAUUUCACAAGCCAAGGCCCAAAUCCCCCACACGACCAGUCAAGCUCCCAGCUUCUUUGACUGCACAUACUGCUUCUUCUGGCUCCAAGACAGCUACAGGAGCUGUACCUCCUCCAAGACAAUCGCUCAGUCGCUCAUCUGGAAAUGUGCAAUCCACCAAUUCCCUGCAAGCACAUCAUACCUCGACUCGUUCCCCAAGUCGGGCAAGUACAACCACAACAAAGUCAACAUUGACUCGCAAACCUUCGACGCUGAAGAGUGGGAGCAGCAGACCUUCUCUCGGUCCUCCACCGGGAACAUUGAAGAAACAACCCUCACGACAGAGUCUGCCAUCGAGUGCGCCAGCCGACGACUCUUUCCUCGCUCGAAUGAUGCGUCCAACCACAGCCUCGGCAUCGAAGACUGCAGAAAAGGCAGUAACACCACCAAAGAGAUCGCAGUCUGUGAAGCGGCCGGCAACAAGAGAUGGACCACCAAAGCACGCUACUUCCCUUGGCAGUCCUGCUACUCUCAAACACAAGGAUGUGUCACCAGCUCGACAGGCGCCUAAGCCAGUUUCCAAGGUAGCUGCGAAGGUGGAAAAGGUGGUUUCCAAGGUUGCCCCAGUCAAGAAGGAAGCGAAGCCAGAAGCGAAGCCAGAAGCCAAGGAGCCUGCAGUUGAGAAGCCAGUUCCGGUUGAAGCGCCAGCUGUUGAGGCCCCUAAGCCCGAGGAGGAGGAAAAGCCAUUUGGGGCGGAACCUGCUCAUGUGGAGGAAGUGGUUGUCAAGCAAGUGGAAGAGGUCAUUCCAGAGACUGUUGCUGAGGAUCCUGUCGCUGAAGCGCAGGCUGCAGCUGUUGAAGAAGUUGCAGCUCCAGUUGAGGAGAAGAAGGUUGAGCCUGAGCCAGUCGAGGAGGAGGCCGUUCCCGAGCCCGUCGUUGAGAAGAUUGAUACCCCAGUUAUGGAAGAGCCGGUUCCAGCAAUCGAAGAGCCCGCUGCACCGAUCGUCCAGGAGCUAGAACCAGCUAAGGAGGAGCCAACAAAGAUUGAGACUGCCCCAGUUCCAGAAGUCGAGACCAAGACUGAGGAGCCCGCCAAAAUUGAAGAAUCUGAGGUAGUUAAGCCAGAGUCCCUCUCAUCGCCGAAGGAAGAUAAGCCUGUUGCAGCGGAGGACCCAGCAGAUGUGGCAGCACGGGAGGAAAUGGCAAGGAUGAACGCCGACUUUCUCAAGGCGGCUGGUCUAUCCAAGUAAUUAUCUGUAGGAUAUGCGGAUGAAUGGAUCGAUGUUGGGUGGAUGUGGAAAGAAAGUGAAGCUGGUGAGCCAGAGAAUUUGUAUUAGCAUGUUUGAUAAGGAGUGAGAUUGAGUGAACAAGUUAGCAUGUGGUAGCUGAGUAGCAAUUGUUAGUGAUACCAGGCAGCGCCUUUCAAAUAUCUGCUUCAUAAGCUUGCUGAGUUGGUUUGAUAAAUAUAGUAUAAGUAUGAGCAGCACCUGUGAAACUG